CUCUGUGUGCGGAGGUGAUAUUGCGAAGUGGGGAAAGGGAGAUGAAGGAACUAUGAACGUUUUAAAAAUUAUAGUAAAAAACGCUGUUGUAUGGCCGAUGUACGGUGGGAGGUGCCGUUUUAUAAGCUCGCGUGUUUGUCUUUCCUGUGUUCUAGGCUCCCCCUGUGAUCUGAUUGAAUCUAAUGCUACAGCCCAUGAGAUUCAUUUUCUCAAGGUACCAGGAAACUUUUCAGUAAUAAAUAUCACGUAUUCUGGUGGCUGGCUGAGACCUUCUGAUAGAGAAGAUGUCGGGCGGUUUCCCCAAGGAGAUGGGAAGAUUUCAUUUUCAGGGCUGGAUCCUGGGACGAACUACAGUUUCACCUUCACAAAUGGCUCCAGUACCUGCUGUCAAGACGUGCAAACCCUAUCUAGUACCAGCACUGUGGGACCUGUUACCAGCAGUCCAACCAGUGCGAACCUGAGCUGGAGACAUGACACGGCGACCUCUGCUCCCGUGGGUGGAGUGGAGCAUGAGAUGGGGGAUGGGCAGAGGAGGCUUGCAGGUCAGAAGGACGGGAACAGCACAGACUCGAGUCCAGCGAGCAACGGGACUUCGGGCGAUGCUGUGGCAGAGCCUCAUCCCGUUUCUGAUCUCCACGUUCCCUCCGUGGGUGUGACACACGUCGUUCUCACCUGGAAGAACGGUAACACCACUGACAGCUGCCGGUUGCUCCUUGAAGGAAGCCAGGAGUCGACUCAGAACCUGUCGGUCAAUAUUUCAGACCUGAAGCCGGGGGUUCAAAACAAGGUCACCCUGUAUCUUUCAGCUGAGACACAGGGAGACCCAGGCUCAGAUGCCAGCAACACAGACCGCUCGCCCCAGCCCACCAGGAGCCCCGCUACCCCUGAGUACACGUACCGACUCGAAGUGUCCUCUGACCCUCCUCUGCCCCGAGACACCACGAAAGUCCUGCUUCUGGGGUUGAAGUCGGACACGCAGUACAAGGCCAGCAUUUACCCUCGAGCAGCAGGUGGCACUGAGGGGCGGCUCCAGACCGCAGAGUUCAGAACAGAGCCCAGUCAGGUGUUUGGCCUCGAGGUUGUGAACAUCAGCGCCACAAGCUUGAUCCUGACCUGGAAGAUCAAUGAUAACGAGUCAUCAUCUGUCUAUACCUACAAGAUACAAGUUGCUGGCGAGACACAUUCCUGCAAUCUCACCGUCCAUGAGACUCGCGCCGUCAUCACGCCGCUCAGCUCGAGCACCCUGUACAGCAUCACUGUGUGGCCUCUUCUUGACAACAGUACCGAGGGCAUGCCGGACUUUCUCCAGGUGUACACCCCCCCCAGUGCCGUUUCUGACUUCAGAGUGACCCAUGUCGGCACAAGGGUAGUUGGCUUAGCAUGGAGCAGCAAUGACUCCAGUUCCUUUGAGAUACACACCGUGUCGGAUGAAGCUGGAGCACCUCAGACAACCACCAAACAAAGCAUUGUCAUUGACGGCUUAUACCCCGGAACCGAGUAUCAUUUUGUGAUAUUUCCACAAGGACCAAAUGGGACUAAAGGGGAUUCCCAGACAGUUUACAGCACAACUGACCCCAGUGAAGUGUUUGACAUCCGUGUGGUUAAUGUCACCACGACUGACAUGCAGUUGGAGUGGCAGAAUACAGACAGGGCUGCUGGGUACACCUACCGUGUAGAGAUACAGUCCGAGUACGGCUCUGAGCUGACAAACAGUUCUCGUGAAGCAGUCACUCUGGAGGGCCUGAUCCCAGGCACCUUAUAUAACAUCACAGUCUUCCCAGAAAUGGACCACGUCCGGGGGAUCUCCAGCUCCAUUGCACAGUACACACGGCCCAGCAACGUGUCUAACAUUGAAAUAAGGACCAACAUCACGGCAGCAACCAUAAACUGGCAGAACUUUGACGCAGCCUCUUCGAGGUACACCUACCGCCUUCUUAUUGAGCAGGAUGGAAACUCCAGCCAGGCCACACACAGAGCCACGGGCAGCGGCAUCACGUGUGCUGCCGUCACCGAAUUAACACCUGGCUCCUCGUACACUGUGAAGAUCUUCACAUGGGUGGGGAACGUCACCGAGUCGCUGGCACCUGGCUGGCAGACCUUCUGUACAGACCCUGCACCAGUAGCCUCCUUCCACUGUGAAGUGGUCCCCAGAGAGCCCACGUUGGUCCUCAAGUGGGCCUGCCCUUUCGGCACCAACGCAGGCUUUGAGCUGGAGGUCAGCCACGGAGACUGGAAAAAUAGGACGAACCUGGAGAGCUGCUCGUCGGAGAACGGCUCUGAGUACAGGACGGAAGUCACACAUUUGAAUUUCUCUACCUCGUACGACAUUAGAAUCGCCGCCUGGUCCUGUAACAAGAUGUCACUGCCCACCCAAAGCGCGUGCCUGACUGGCAUCACAGACCCCCCCUCUCCGGACGGACCCCCCAACGUCACGUCGGUGAGUCACAAUUCGGUGAAGGUCACGUUCGGCGGGUUUGAAGCCAGCCACGGCCCCAUCACAGCCUACGCGCUCCUCCUCACCACCGGGAACGCGGUUUACCCGUCGGCAGAUGUUUUGAGAUACACGUAUGAAGAUUUCAAAAAGGGGGCCUCGGAUACUUAUGUGACAUACCUCAUAACAACAGAAGAAAAGAGACGUUCUCAGGGCUUGUCCGAAGUCUUGAAAUACGAGGUCACUGUUGGGAACGAGUCCACCACGCACGGCUACUACAACGGGAAGCUGGAACCUCUGGGCUCCUAUCGGGCUUCUGUGGCUGGCUUCACCAAUAUCACCUUCAAGCCUCGCAGCGGUGGGCUCAUAGACGGGGCCGAGAGCUACGUGUCCUUCAGUCGCUACUCAGAGGCCGUCUUCUUGCCCCAGGAUCCAGGUGUCAUCUGUGGAGCAGUUUUCGGAUGUAUCUUUGGUGCCUUGGUUAUCGUGGCUGUGGGAGGCUUCAUCUUCUGGAGGAAGAAAAGGAAAGAUGCAAAGAACAACGAUGUGUCCUUUUCUCAAAUUAAACCUAAAAAGACCAAGUUAAUCAAAGUGGAGAAUUUCGAGGCCUACUUUAAGAAACAGCAAGCUGACUCCAACUGUGGAUUUGCAGAGGAAUAUGAAGAUCUGAAGCUUGUUGGAAUUAGUCUACCCAAGUAUGCCGCUGAACUGGCCGAGAACAGAGGAAAGAAUCGCUAUAACAAUGUUCUGCCCUACGAUAUUUCCCGUGUGAAACUUUCGGUCCAGACCCAUUCAGCUGACGACUACAUCAAUGCCAACUACAUGCCCGGCUACCUUUCCAAGAAGGAUUUUAUUGCCACACAAGGACCUUUACCCAACACGUUGAAAGAUUUUUGGCGUAUGGUUUGGGAGAAAAAUGUCUAUGCCAUUGUCAUGUUGACCAAAUGUGUGGAACAGGGAAGGACCAAAUGUGAGGCGUACUGGCCCUCCAAGCAGGCUCAGGACUACGGGGAUGUAACUGUGGCAAUGACAUCAGAAAUUGUUCUACCAGAAUGGACCAUCAGAGACUUCACAGUGAAAAAUAUCCAGACAAGUGAGAGUCACCCUCUGCGUCAGUUCCAUUUCACCUCCUGGCCUGACCACGGUGUCCCUGACACCACUGACCUGCUCAUCAACUUCCGGUAUCUUGUUCGUGACUACAUGAAGCAGAGUCCUCCUGAGUCGCCGAUUCUGGUGCAUUGCAGCGCUGGGGUGGGAAGGACGGGCACUUUCAUCGCCAUCGACCGUCUUAUCUAUCAGAUAGAGAACGAGAACACCGUGGACGUGUACGGGAUUGUGUACGACCUUCGAAUGCACAGGCCUUUAAUGGUGCAGACAGAGGACCAGUACGUUUUCCUCAAUCAGUGUGUUUUGGAUAUCAUCAGAUCCCAGAAGGACUCAAAGGCAGAUCUCAUCUACCAGAACACGACUGCAAUGACAAUCUAUGAAAACCUUGCACCAGUGACCGCGUUCGGAAAGACCAAUGGUUACAUCGCCUAAAUUCCAAAGGAAGACCUGUCUGGAGUUAAGCAGACCGUCACACCCACAGCAAAGGAAAAUGCCCCGAGGCUGGCCUGUUUUUGUGUGUCUAAUAUCCUAAUUCUGUGUUCCGUUUUGUUAGAACUAAUCUGAGAGUGUGAGGCUGCACGUGUGAAACGUGACAGGCGCGACGUCGGGGCUGUCAGGGGCUGUGGGUGGGCGGUGAGCGAAUCCUGACCGCCAGUGGGAUGAGUUCACCUUUUGGUUUGGUUUUUGUCUUGAGAAUGACAGAACACCAGGAAAAGUGAGCUAUGAUUUUUUUUUUUUUUCUUUUACAAGGCAUUCUUUUCUAAAAAGACUAUUUUAUAUGAGUCACACGCGAAAGCCAGGAUUGUGUUAGGUUGAAUAUAUUUUAAGUAUCAGAGGUCUAUUUUUACCUACUGUAUCUCGGAAUCUAGCUGAUGGAAACUACACAAUUGUGGUGAUUGUCGUGUGGGGAGGGCUACGUGGUACCUCUUCUGCCUGGGUUUUCUAUUUGAACAUGUGCCUUUUCUGACUAUGCUUCCACAGGCAAAACUCAGUAGAUGUCUCUAUUUUUGUAUUGAAUCUCGUAAUUGGACUACGUGGAGUAUUUAAACAGUAGUUUCGUAUCAGAGGUUCAGCCCUCUCAGUACCGUUCCUGUUCUCAUUUGGUUAGAGGAGAUUCCCAUCCCCCCCAUCCCCUGUUUUGUGCUCUAUUCUUUCUUCCCUUUUGCUCCUCUUUUUCCCCAAAGACACUUCUGAUGGCCACAUUUUCUGCCCGUUGGUUGAGUGAGAGUGGAAACUAAAUGAUCACCGUGAGAAUUUGCGGGGGGGGGG